AGCGUCGUGUCGAACGUUCGGAGCACGUGGCUGUUUGCGAACGUCAUCGUUCACGCGUUAACUGCGAGCAAGUCGCACGAGCGAGAUCGCGUUUUAUAAAGUGCACAUCGCGUUCCAGCGUCGCGAUGCAGUUCCAGCGUGCACGGUGACGUUCGCGUACGUAUGCUUCCAGCCAAGCUCCCUCACAAAUCGUCCAACGAUUCGGCUGUUAGAUGCUAUGGAGACUUAACGUGUCAAUUAUGUAAAGUCGCCAUCGAGCAAACUAUGGAUCAAUGAACGUCCGAGGAAUGGACGUUGUGACAGACAAUUAUGUUUUUGCGCAAUCACAUUGAGAAUCAAACGUAACGCACCAAGUUUAUCAGAAUCACACGACUGACAUGCUUUGCUGCUGACGGACGUUGCUUCUCGACGCUCUUGUGACAGCGACUUAAAGUGAUCCAAAGAUACAGGAAGAAGAAAAGAAUUUCAGUCAGUUGACUACAAAAAGCUAGCUCAGCACGGAGACGAACGUGUGCGGUCGCCUGUUAUUGGAAAGUGCUGAAGCAACAGACUUCGUAAGAAUGUCGAAUGUGUGAGCCAGUCGAACGAUAGAAAGACAGGAAGCCGGUGGUUUAGUAACUUGUAUUGAAAAAAUCUACUUUAACAAAAGAAAAAAUGGGUGCAAAAAAAUGUAUACCUACGAUGGCUUAUGGCCCGUCUAUUAGUGGAAUACAAAUAAGUGAUGGAUUAUCCACUAGUGAACAAGCAACACAGCAGAAUUCUCAGAGUACCCAGACAUUACAUUUGGAUUCCUCUGAGCAACUGCAAAUAGUGAAAAAGAAGGUUGCAGACAUUAUGCUAGAGAACUAUACCAAACUUUUUCAGGCGGACAAGUUACAGGAAAAUUUACAGGAGCAAUUCUUCUAUGAAAAUUUUCAUAUCGGAUUUCUCCAUAAAAAUAUCCAGUCAGUACAGGAGAAACCUUUUACGAUACUCCAGGCAAUACAAGAGGAUAUCUCUAAUGGGAAUUCUCAGGCCCUAGAGGACAAACUCUCCCAUGAAAAUCUUCACAUUGUGAAAAAAGGAUCUCCCUAUAAACAUGUCCAGCCAAUACAGAAGAAAUCUCUUACGAUACCCGAGACAAUACAAGAGGAUAUCUCUAAUGGAAAUUCUCAGGUCCUAGAGGAGGUACCCUUCUAUGAAAAUGUUUGGCUCGUGGAAGAGAACUUCUCUCACAGGAAGGAUCAAUUGGUACAAAAGAAACUUUCUUAUGAGCAAUUCAAAAUGGCAUUGAAGCAGUCUCAAGAUAUUUGUCAGGACAUAGAAGAAGAAUCUUCUAAUGAAAGUAUUCCAACUUUGAUUGAACUUCCUUUUAUAGGAUCCUUUUGUAAGUCGAUAGAAGAGGAGUCUUUUCAUGAGAAUGACGAGAUAAUAUAUGAAAAGUGUGAUGAACUCAGUGAUGAAUUCAGUGAUGAAAUUCAGAUUAAAAAAGCAUUUUUCCAUGAAAAUGUUCAGGUUGUAGAAGAGUUCUUUCAAGAAAGUGAUCAUGACGAACAGAAGAAAUCUUCGUGUGAAAAUGUUCAAACUAUAGAUGAAGGAUCUUCUUGCAGGAAUUAUCAGUCGAUAGAAGAGAUACAAUCCACCCAUGAAAAUGACCAGACGACACAGGAAAAGUCUCUCAAUGAUGAAGAGGCACCUUCCCAUAAAAAUGUUCAGGCCGUAGAAGAAUUCUCUCAAGAAAAUGAUCAUGACGAACAGAAGAAAUCUUCGCGUGAAAAUGUUCAAACUAUGGAUGACGGAUCUUCCUGCAAGAAUAAUCAGUCGGCAGAAAAGAUACAAUCCUCCCAUGAGAAUGGCCAGACGACACAAGAAAACCUCUCUUAUCGAUAUGUUGAGGACGUAGAGGAUAAUACAUCUAACACAAAUGACCAGGAGGAAUCUUUUCAAAGAAACGGGGGAUGUUGCAUGUGGUUUAAAAAAAUAUCAGUAGAACCAACAAUGUGGUUCUACAUGAUGGCAUUCAUGUUCACAUCAGUGGUCGAGCAAGCCUUUUUCGUGUAUAAGGCGUGUCGGGUGGAUCAUGGACACUCGGAAGAAGUUUGCUUGCACCUAAACAAUUAUACGGACAUAAAAACCGAAGUGCAGAAAACCGUCUCCGAAUUCCAUCAGUGGUACAACAUCGCCGGACACGUCAUACCUAUCAUUCUAGCGUUUUUCUUUGGCAACUGGAGUGACCGGCGCGGACGCAAAUUGCCGAUCAUCAUCGGUCUGACAGGAAAAUUGAUUUACUCCCUCAUGAUCGUGGUCAACAGCCUGAUGGAGAAUUGGAAUCUAAAUAUGGUGACGUACACGGCCGUUAUACCGAUGGCUAUAACGGGUGCAGACGUUAUCAUCUUUGGCAGUUGCUUCGCCUAUUUAACGGACAUAUGUUCUCUUAGGGAGAGAACUAUGCGGAUCACGAUUUUGGAUAUUGUUUACCUUAGUACUAUGCCCAUAGGUAUUGCGCUAGGAUCUUACGUAUUCAACAACGUCGUCAAUUCAUCCUACACGAUUAUGUUCAUCAUAAACUCGUGCUUACUCGUGCUAGCAAUUAUUUACUCGUUCGUGAAACUCGAGUGGCAAACGUCAUUGGAACAGCAACCACUUGUCGGCAUUAACUUUCUGAAGGAUUUCUUCGAUAUCAAACACGUCAAAGAGACCGUGGAAACGAUGUUUAAAUGGAGACCGAAUAGCAGAAGAAUGUGCCUGAUGCUAGUUAUGUUGUCAAUGUGCCUGUACACGUUUCAGAGAGAUGAGAGAUCUAUGAGUUUCCUCUAUACUCAAUUGAUCUUCAAUUGGGAUGUGAGCAAGUUUAGUAACUUUCGAACGUUCCAGUCAUCCCUCUUCGUAGCAGCGAUGCUAUGUGCGACGCCAAUGAUGAAAUACUUAAAACUGAAAGACACUGCGAUUACAAUAAUUGGGGCGACGUCACACGCAGCUGGAAGACUGGUGUUUAUCGUGGCGCACACAGGACAACUAUUUUACGGCGGUGCUGUUGUUGCUGCAUUAGGACCAGUGGUAGCUCCUGCACUUAGAUCUAUGGCCUCUAAAUUUGUAACAGUGGAAGAGCGAGGAAAGGUAUUCGCGAUACUCUCCGUAUUCGAUAAUGCGGUUCCGCUAAUUAGCAGCGUUUUAUAUUCGCAAGUUUACAACGCCACCAUCUAUACAAUGCCCAACUUCAUAUAUUGGUUGACGUUUAUAACGCAAAUCUGCGUUGUAUUGUUAGCUAUAGUAAUCAACUUCACUCCAUGGAAUGUACGCGCCAUCACGUGCCGUGACAACUCAGAGUCUACAUAACUUAAUAUAUAUCUUAUAAUUUUAUCGUCUUCAAAAGUUAUUAUAUGGUGAACAGUUAUUUGUUUUUACUGAUGAUCUGAAUUUAGGACACGCAAUAACGCUAUAAAUUGUUGUCUAUGCAUAAUACAUCUAAGAUCAUAACUCAUUGGUAAUAUAGAGGUUUAAGACUGUUUACAGAUAACAUUUACAAUUUAAAAGUUACAAAACAUUUCAGAGAAGAAAUGAUCCAUACAACGGAAUUCUGUUCAUAAUAUUUUGUUUAUAAAGAAACAAAAAAUCAGUAUAUGAUCGAGAAAAAGUAUAUAUAUAUAUAUAUGUAUGUGUGUGUAUAUAUAUAUAUAUAUAUAUAUAUAUAUAUAUAUAUAUAUAUAU